AUGGAGGAGGCCAAGGUGGUUUUGUUAGGGUCAGGGUUCAGUAUGUUUGGGAUGAGAGCUAAGAUAGCUUUAGCAGAGAAAGGAAUAAAAUAUGAGUACAUAGAAGAAGAUGUCACCAACAAGAGCCCCUUGCUUCAUGAAAUGAACCCAAUUCACAAGAAAAUUCCAGUUCUCAUACACCAUGGAAGACCAAUAUGUGAGUCCCUCAUCAUUGUUGAGUAUAUUGAUAUGGUUUGGCAGAACAAUUCUCCUUUGCUCCCCUUGGAUCCCUACCUCAAAGCACAAGCCAGGUUCUGGGCUGAUUUUGUAGAUCAAAAGGUGUAUCAUGCUUCUAAGAGAGUGUGGAUUUCUAAGGGAGAAGAGCAAGAGAUGGCAAAGAAGGACUUUCUAGAGAGCUUGAAGCAGUUGGAGGAAUUUCUUGGAGACAAACCUUAUUUUGGUGGAGACACAUUUGGGUUUGUUGAUGUUGCUCUCAUUCCUUUCUAUUGCUGGUUUUAUACUUAUGAGACCUUUGGCAAUUUCAAAGUCGAGGCAGUGUGUCCAAAACUUAUCUCCUGGGCUAAGAGAUGUAUGCAGAGGGAAAGUGUAUUUAAAACUCUUGCAGAUGAAAAGGAGCUCUAUGAGGCUGUUUUGGAUUACAAGACAAAAUUUAUAUUGAAUUAAGUGUGAGCAGAUAUGGAAGCCCCUGGUGACCACCAUGGCGAUGGAGACGUAGCGGUGUAGUCUUGUGAUGGGCUGGUUGUGGUUCACUAUUGAACCUUUUUGAAGAAUUUUCCUAUUUAUUUGUAAUUCCAUGCUCUAGAAGCGACUUUUGUUAAGUUGUGUCACUUUUAAUUACAUUUAUGUGGCAUUGUUUUGGCCAGUGGCUUUCCUUUCCAAUAUGAUAUAGAUAGUUGUAAUAGUGAAUCCUCUUAUACUUUUGUCGUGUGCUCCAAAAUAUUAUAAGUAUUUGAUGUUUUAUUUA